GAAAGGAAGGAGAGGAUGAACUUGUCCCAAAGCUGGCGUGAAAACGAAAACGAAACGACACGAUGGAGACCAAGUGACUCAAGUUUGGACAGAGAUCAGCCGUUCACAUUCCAGCUGGGAGUUGGCCAAGUUAUUAAAGGCUGGGACCAGGGAUUGGUGGAUAUGUGCGUGGGCGAAAAAAGGAAGUUGACCAUACCGCCGGAACUCGGAUACGGGGAGAAAGGAGCCGGAAACGUAAUUCCUGGAGGUGCUACUUUGUUAUUCGAAGUUGAGCUGAUCAAUAUCAGCGACUCGCCGCCAACCGCGAACGUGUUCAAAGAGAUCGACAGCGACCACGACAACCAAUUGUCCCGCGAGGAGGUGAGAGCAAUGGUGAGCGAGUACCUGAGGAAGCAGAUGAUCGAGGCGGAGCAGGGCGGCGCCGGCGACAACGAGGAGGUGAAGAAGAUGCUGGCCGACCACGACAAACUGGUCGAGGAGAUCUUCCAGCAUGAGGACAAGGACAAGAACGGUUUCAUCUCGCACGACGAGUUCAGCGGGCCGAAGCACGACGAACUCUGAAGCCUUCGUGCCGCGUCGCCGCGUCUCCGAGCACCGCGUCGCCGACGGCGUCGUGUCUCGCGCCACCACGUGUUCACAUCCGCGCGGAAUCGUCUCCUCGAGUCCUGUCCAGCCCACCAGGAACACCAUUGAACACAGAUUGGAACUUUAUGGCAGUCCUUAGCCGGUGUCGUGUCGAUCGUUUGUCCCCGUUUGUUGGACUGUGUUCAAACGCGAACAUCAACAACGCCUUUCGACGCGUCAGCCGCGCGGUGCGCACGAAUACUUUUUCAAGCUCGAGGAUAGAACAAACCAGAGAGAAAAAAAAAAAAAAAAAAAAAAAAAAAAAAAAACAAAAAGAACGAAAACGAAACAUCGCGGAUGGAUCUCUUCUUCGCUAGGGGAUUUUCUCUCGUGAAAGAAGGACACUGGGCCAGUCGUGCGAUCGAUCGAAGCGUCCGAGAGGUUGUUGGAUCCUUUUGGUGAACUCGACGGAGAAAUGGACCGAUAGAGUAUCAAAAUCGGUGGGAGGUGAGAUUCAGUUAUACAGUCUCUUACCAAGGUUCCUUCAAGAAGCUCGAAGAUCGUGAGUCUGUGCUGGCUUACUCGUGCAAUUGGAGAGAUCGGAGGGAAUUAAUGGUAAAGCUGCGCUUGGCAUGUCGCGCGUUCUUUCGAACGAAAUGAGGUUCUUAGAAGAAUCGGUAUAAAGAGAGAGAGAGAGAAAGGAAGAACUACCUCUUGGGAUGUAUCGACUGUGUCUUCGAGUGUGCUCUCGAGACGUUUAUCCCCCGUCUGUCGACGAACAUGUUUCCCCGAGGACGGAAGGCUUUCGACGAACGCUCCGCUCGAAAUAAUCUAUUGAUCCAAUAUAAUUACGCGGGUGUGUAAGAAUGGAGAAGAAGAAGAAGAAGAAGAAGAAGAAGAAAAAGAGGAGGAGGGAAAAGAAGGAACUAGACUAGAGGUGUAGUCCGAGGAAAUAGUUUCGAGAUACUCUGCCGCAUUUCUGAUCGGAGGCCCAGUUUCCAAGGGCGCGUUCCCGACGAUGUAAACCGCGAAUUUACGUUUCACGCUCGCGAGUAGUGAUUGGGCCAUGUUGAAGGAAAACAUGACUGGUCGAGCGAUCAAAUUCUUGGCACGAAGCGAGGCUGUUCUAACGUAAUAUAAUUAUACAAAAUAUAGAUAGAAAGAGAGACAAAGGGGAGAGAGAGAAAGAGAGAGAGAGAGAGAGAGAAAGAGAGGAAUGAUGAUUUCAUGCGAAACAGAGAGAACAUGAGAGCAACUGAGAGAAAAUGUGUUUUUUCUACACGACUAAUAGAUGUUAGCGUAUUAAUUAAGCGCAUCGACGUAACGGUGCUAAGAAUCACACGCGAAACUGUUCUAUCCCUCUCUCGAGAAGCUUCUUCUUUUUUGAUCCAACCCCCCUCCCCCCUUCCCCCUGCAUUUUUCGCCGUUUUCACACACGUAAUUACACACUCGUACAUAUGUAUCCGUACACGUACGUACACUCCUGCUGAAAAAGUUUUGGGACCAUCCUUUACUCGUUGAAUAAAACCAAGAUUCUUUCGACAUUAUUUCUUGAGAAGGUAGGACGUUAGAGUUAAUAACUCUUUGAUUUUUGAACUAUCGUCAAUUAAUGUGUGUUUUGAUACGUUUUGGUGAAAUAAUUUUUAAAUAUAAUGCAACAUCGCGAGUGAAUAUUUCUUCUGAAAUUCUGACACGCUCGAAAUUUUUGGGCGAGAGUGUACACGCGCGCACAGUUGCCCCUUUUUCACGAGCAUCGAUAAGCCCCGCCGGCAUUCUCAGCCACGAAUUUUACGCGAGAGACAGGCAAUCCAGGACUCUGGUGGAGAAAAGGAAUUCGAUAGAGUCAGAAGCCGCGAGACAACCUCGAGGAUGUUGCGUGGUGGAGAUGGAAUGGCGGUCGCGAAGCAACGGCGAUCUUUUUUCUUCCGUGAUCGACGCCUCUAUCAUUAUUACACUUUUAACUGAUACGUUUUUAUUACUACAUUAUAUUGUAUGUUGUUAAAGUUGGAUGAAGGUUAAUAAUAAAUCGUGUGUCUUGAGCACAGUUUGUUAUAAAAAGUUUGUGUUUGUUCGAUUCGCACGCAGCUCCAAUCAUUCCCUCGUCCCUUCUCUCAAAAAAUUCCCGCUCUGGACCCUCGAAUUUAUCAAGAGUAAAAUGCAAAUCGAUACAAAGUGUUCGGAAAGCGAGAUAAUUUCACUUCCUCGCGGAUCGUCUGUAAUUCAAUGUCAACGUCAGUCGAGACUAGAUCUCGGGAAUUGAAUGGGAAAAAAAAGAAAGAAGUGGGAAAACGGUGAAUUGACAGGACAACCAACUACUGCUGCUCUCAAUUUUAUUUCAAGAAUCAGUUUCGCAGAAAAAAGAAAAUUACAGUAAUGACGCCUCGCAGCGCGAUAAUAAAGUGAUGAUUAAAUUAAUUAAGUUGCUCCUCUCGCCGUUCGAAACAAAUCACACAAAGUCUCUCUCGGUCGUCUAGGUAUUUCAAAAUUCACUACCUAAGAUAUCGGCAGAAACAAAAUCGCUAUCUCUCGUAUUCUAUGAACGCUUGUAGUCUGUUUUCUAUUUUCUCCUUCCUUGUCGUCGAAAAAAAGCAAAAAAAAAAAAGAAAGAAAGAAAGAAAG